AUGUAUGAAAAAGGAGUGUUUUUACCAAUACAAAUCGUGCAUGAUGUGAACAAUGAUCCACCUUCACUGCAGUUAUUGCUAGAGAAUUGUUUAAAAAGUGAAGCGGUUGAACAUAUUUGUCCUCGAUGCAAUGAAAAAUACGCCACUAUGAGUCAUGAAUUUCGAAGUCUUUCAAAAUGCUUGAUCAUCUUUCUGAAGCGUUAUGAUUUCAAGCAAUCAACAUCAAGAAGAGCACAAAGGAAAUUGAAAGAUGCAGUGAAUCUUUCAAUGUAUAUUCGUUUAAUUUCUUAUGACAUAAAACAGUCUGAGCUUAAAAAUUGUUUUAACAGCAUUCUUCCUAUCGGCAGCACUAUUAGUGAUGAUCAAAUGUCUUUUGUUAUGGAAACACCUCCGAAUGGAGUAAUUUCAUAUGAUUCCAAUAGUUCAGAAAAUGUAAGUCUCUGCUGAAUUCUCACUUAUCUUGGGGGAUUAUUAAUCUCCUCGAUAAAUACUACAAAAUUCUCAGUCAUUGCAUAUGAUUCCAGUGCUGACAAAAGACUGGACUAUUUGACGUUAUUCUGCUUACCGCGACCUGAUUUUUGUGAACGUAGCUGUGCUGAAUUAAAUAUUCGCUAUCGUUCUUUGGCAGUUCGGCAUGAGCCGAAACCUCUUUUCUGUAAAAGUGUACCUUCGAACACUGCAUCUGUUGUAGCAGAUGGAAACUGUCUCUUUCGCUCGAUAGCGCUUUACUUAUCAGGGAGUGAUGAGGAGCACUUGAUCGUUAGGAAAAAUGUAGUGAAAUUUGAAGAGAAGUAUGAUGAUCAACUUCGUGAAGUGAAUCACUUUUCGCUAGCUGACUGGAAAGAACAUACAAAGAAAAUGACAAAUGAUGGCGAAUGGGCGACAGAAAUCGAACUUUUCGCUCUUGCUGCUUUAUUAGAUGCUGAAAUUUGGACAUUUUUGAAUGGUAAAUGGCUUCGGUAUAGGCCACUGUAUACAGUUGGAAAGGAUGGCAAAUUCCAUAAGUUGCCGAUUCAAAAAUAUGAUGACAACGGAAAGGAUGCCAUUUUCCUCAUUAAUGAAAAUUUUCAUUACAAACCAGUUCUUGACAUUAUUUCGAAUGGUGCAAUAUGUGAUUAUCAGCUUGCCGCAGUUAUCAGUCAUAAAGGGAAUGGUCCAAGUAACGGACAUUAUGUAUGUGAUGUGAGAAACCUAAACAAAAACAUCUGGAUGCAUUUCGAUGAUAGUCAUGUUGAAGAGAGAACAGAAGCAGAGGUUAUAUCUGAAUGUGUCAAGGAUGGCUAUAUAUUCUUUUAUGUUGCCGGUACCUUCUUCCAAACUUCUUUCAAAAUCUCCUAA